AUGCAUUGGCGCAAGGAACAGUCCGUGCCUACGGUUAUGAGCCCCAGUCGUUCCGAUGGCUCCCUUCGGCGCCGUUGGAAAGACAGGUUCCAAAGAACGAUUUCGGGCAAUUUCAAGAAAGUGGAAGGCCAUGAAUUCCAAGAUCUAUCAUCUUCUCUCGAUGAUGCCAGCCAAAAUACGCCCGCUCGAACCGGCUCUGAGAUCUCAUCUAGUACAACCGUGAUAGAAACUGAACCGCAACCGCCAAUAAGUGAUCUGGGUGCAGCCGAUUCACAGGAAGAGAUUGCACUGGAAAGUGUCAAUAUUGGGGAUGAGAGUCAAGCUGAAGAUGUCGAUCAAGUUAGCCUAUGCGGGAUUGAUAAGCCUUCGACAACGUUUCCAUCUGACCCCAUAUCCGUUUGCGGGCGUCAAAUGGAACGAUUGGACAGUUUAACACCAACGGACUAUGAACUCUGCAAGCGGAUUUUAUCGGUUGUCUCGGUCGUGCGCCGACCUGUCAACCUGGAGGAAUUGGCCGAGCUUGCAGACUUACCUUCGCCCAAGAAGAAGGAGACGACAAGACUGAUACAUGAAUCUAGCUCCUUUCUAACCAUCGGAGAGGGAAGCAUAGUUCAUUUUGUGCAUCAAUCGGCCAAAGAUUAUUUGCAGGAGGAGGGGCUAACUGAGAUCUUCCCAGACGGACUGAAAAGCCAAGAUCAUGCUCUAUUCCUGAGGUCUCUCCAAGCAAUAGCCGUGAGACUGAGGCGCGACAUCUAUGAUCUCAAAGAGCCGGGUUAUUUGAUCAAAAAUGUCGAGGCUAAGGAUGAUGAUCCCCUGGGCCCAGUGCGAUAUGCAAGUGUGUAUUGGGUAGACCACCUUUGCGCAGAUCCCAGAGAACCAGAUUUCGAAGAGGACGGCAUACUCGACAUGUUUUUACAAAGAGACCUUCUCCAUUGGAUUGAGGCUCUAAGUCUUCUCAGAAGCAUGUCGGUCGGAGUAUCCUGCAUGUUAAAGCUCGAGAAACUGGUUACGGAGUGGGGAGCACCACCUUCAGUGAUCGAUCGUACACGAGACGCAUGCCAAUUUAUACAGCACCACAAGCCUACGAUAGAGGAAAGCCCGUUACAAAUUUAUGCCUCUGCGCUAGUUUUCAGCCCAACUCAAAGCAUAACGCGCAAUCAGUUCAUCAAAGAAGAGCCCAACUGGAUCAAAACGAAACCAAUUAUGGAGGAUGACUGGAAUUCAUGCCUCCUUACCCUUGAGGGCCACAAUCAGUCCGUUCAAGCGGUAUCAUGGGCAUCGGAUAAUAGGCUUGCAUCGGCUUCAUUCGAUGGCACUGUGAAAAUGUGGGACACAUCCACAAGCCACUGUCUUUCAACAUUCAGCGGUGAUGAAUCACCUGUCUCAUCUUUGGGAUGGCUGCGAGACACUAAGCUUGGCUUGGUCUUGAGCGACGGAAGAAUCGAGACAUGGGGCACGACCGAAGACUCCAACCUUCCACCGCCUAAAGACGGCGACCAGCCAGUAAGGGAACCAAUUUCGAGCUUCAAAGAUACCAUUGAGUUAUUUAAAGUAGCGUCUUGGUCUCCCCAAGGGACGCUUGCCUUUGCUGUCGAAGAUGGAUCAAUCUGGAUUCGCCCUGCCAUUUCUGUUACUCAACGCCAGCCGUCCAUCCCACUCAGAGGUACCCAUCGAGGAGUGUUUGCACUGGCUUGGUCUCAUGAUGGUAGAAUUGCGUCAGGCGCAAGGGAUGGAACAUUGAAGAUCUGGGAUACGGCCGAUCGUACAUGCAAGCUGGAGCCUGGAGGUCAUAGCGAAUGGGUCUAUGCCCUUGCUUGGUCGCACGAUUGCCAGCGACUGGCAUCGGCUUCCAAAGAAAACGUCAUCAAAAUCUGGGAGACCAAGAGUGGUCGCUGCACCUCAUGGAUUCAAGGCCAGAACAAUUUGAUCCGGUCUCUUUCCUGGUCGCCAGAUGGCAGACUCGCAGGUGCCGAUGGCGAAACUAUCAAAAUAUGGGAUCAUAUAACUGGAGAAUGUCUGUCUAGACUCGAGGGUCAUAGGCAUCAGGUGUGGUCAGUAGCCUGGUCAGAGAAUGGAACUAGGCUUGCAUCGGCUUCCCGCGACAAAACAAUCAAGAUAUGGGACGUUGCAGGAGACCAAAAGGAACAGCCUCUUUCCGGUCAUAGCCAAAGGGUCAAGAAAAUUGCCUGGUCAGCGGACAAAACCAAGCUUGUAUCUGUUUCUGAGGAUAGCACUGUCAUUGUUUGGGAUAUUCGCACCGGAGAUAAUGUGCAGAACCGUAUCAGCAAUGUCCAUUCAGUGGCUUGGUCAAAGGAUGGCACCAGGAUUGCGUUUGUGGCUGGUCACAAUGUCAUUGUGAUCUGGAACAUUGUCACUGGAGACUGUGUGCAAACACCCACGGAUGCGAGUAAUGAUAUCAGCUCCGUCGUUUGGUCAGAGGAUGGGACUAAGCUUGCGUCUGUAUCGAAAGAUUACCAUAUAAAGUUCUGGGAUCUCUCUAGCGAGGAAUGCGUGGAAGCGGCCUCACAAGAGGACGCUUCAACUUGUCCUCUGACGUGGUCAGAUGUUGUUGCCGAGCCUGAGACUCUCGAUCUUGAUACUGCGCUUUCUUCAACGAACCCGAUGAAAUAUGGAAUCAACUCAGAGGAUGCAUGGAUAACCUCCAAUGGGAAAAGACAGCUCAGGCUACCUCCGGGGUAUAAUGUUGAGUGCUCGGCUAUCUUGCCAGAGAGAAUCGGAAUCGGGUGUGGUUCUGGGCGUGUACUUACUUUUACAGUCUCAGAAGCUACUGAAAUCUGUGUUUGA